AUGGCUGUAAAUGCGAAAUCCCAGAACGACCUUGUAGCGGAGUCUCUCGACAGCAAUCGGGUGAACCUCAUGCAGCAGACUUACCAGAUGCUGGGCAUGCAAGCAAACUAUCUGGACGUCAGUAACAGCAUGGUGGAAAUGAGUACCGAAGGUGCUAUUCCGAAUAGCCUGGAGUCGGUGCAUGAUACUUUGCAUAAUGCCAUUGGUCGUGGUGGCCAUAUGUACGAUGCGGCGUACUCUGCAUUUGAUCCCAUCUUCUGGUUGCUUCAUACCAACGUCGACCGAUUGCUUGCCAUCUGGCAAGACCUUCAUCCGGAUAGCUUCGUCGAAAGCCACGUCAACCCUUGGCCGACGUUUGCGACUGCACCGUACUCAGAGGCGGACGAAAAUACACCCUCUGUUCGCGACCACACAAUCUUCGGCUCCACGUAUCCUGAGUUCCUCGGGCUCUCCGCAACCGACACUCUGGCUGGUAGAGUGAACGCACUGUACGGGGCGAAUGCAACGUCACAGUUCUCGUGGGAGACCGCACGCGCCGAACAGUAUGUCGCCGGUCCGCAGAACAGCGAUGUCCGGUACCAGUACUCCGCUGUCAUACGCGCACAACACAUGGGGCCUGGAGGUGUUUCCAAGGUCCUCGUCUUCUUGGACGCAGAUAUGAACAUCAACGCCGGACCUGCGAAUACUCAGGCAUGGAUGUCAGAGCCUGGGUUCGUUGGAUAUGCAGGUUUCCAGAACGCGGUUGGCCAGGAGAAGACCGAGAUGCAGACGAAUGGCGUAGUUGCAUUGACUGUAGCCCUGGAAGACCGGAUGCGAACGGGAGAAUUGCGCAGUAUGGAUGAGAAUGUUGUUGGAACGUAUCUGCAGGAGAAGCUACAUUGGUUGCUUGUUGAUGCCAAUGACAAUGUCAUCGCUCCUGAGCACGCGUCCGGCUUCUCGAUUGGGGUGUUGUGGGCGAAGACAACGCCAGGUACGGCAAGCACGCUGCCUGCGGUGCUGGGUGGCGGCUUCAAGCAGUUGCUACACGCUACGAUGGGCAAGGCAGGUGGAGUGCAAUGA